AUCCACAAUGAAGAUUUUUAUCAUCGCAUUGGUGAUAAUGGUGUGUAGAGAGUCAGCGGUCGCUAUGCCUGUGGCGCCAGUGGCGUCGCUAGGGCUAGGACCACUCGGGGUACCCCAUUUAGGGGCACCGGUCUUACCCCAUCCCGUGGUCCCAGGGCAUGCUCUGCCUGUGGAGGAUUUUGACCCCAACCCUCAGUACUCUUACGCUUAUGAUAUUCAAGAUGCUCUUACUGGAGACUCCAAAGCCCAGCACGAGACUCGCUCGGGCGACGUGGUCCAGGGCGCCUACUCCGUGGUCGACCCCGACGGCACCAAGCGCACCGUGGAGUACACCGCCGACCCACACAACGGCUUCAACGCCGUCGUCCACAGGGUGCCCCUCGGGGCUGUUAAAGCCGCCGGCAUAGUAGCUCCUGUGAGCUACGCCGCACACCCCGCCCCCUUGGCGUACGCCGCCGCCCCCGUCUACCACGCGGCCCCGGCCUACCAGACCUACGCCGCGCCCGUCGCCAAGGUGGUAGCCCCCGUGGCCAAGGUCGAGGAGUACGACCCCCACCCCCAGUACACGUUCUCGUACGACGUGCAGGACGGCCACACCGGCGACUCCAAGAGCCAGCACGAGACGCGCGACGGUGACGUGGUCCAGGGUGCCUACUCCGUGGUCGACCCCGACGGCACCAAGCGCACCGUGGAGUACACCGCCGACCCCCACAACGGCUUCAACGCCGUCGUCCACAGGGAGCCCCUAGCCGUCAAGGCCGUAGCCCCCGUCGUCGCUAAGGUCGCCGCCCCCGUCGCCUACGCCGCCGCCCCCGUGGUGCACUCGGCCCCCCUGGCCUACCACUCCGCCCCCGUGGCCUACUCCGCUCCCCUCUAUCACCACUGAGUUCACUAGUCACGACCCUAGGCAGUAAUAAUUUAUGU